AUGGUGGGGAUUUUGAACGCGAUUGUAUUUCUAAGUUUUAGUAGUACAAAAGUCAGUGGCACAGAAGUUGACGGUUCCAAAAUCUUGAAACGCGACAGGAAAGACGGUGUUAAUUAUGUCAACUUUGUUUCGCAUAAAUUUAGUUUUUUGGAUCUGCCACCCUUGUUAUCAGCUCUUGUGCGUACGGUUGGAGAGUGCGGUGUAACGUGUGUUGAUAACCCAUCGUGUUUUUCCUUUAACUGUGCGGCGUUCUUAGAUAACGUGCACAGAAAGAUGUCUUGCCAACUUUUGCCCAGCGAUAAGUACAAUAAAUCAAGUAAGUUUUCUUCAAGUCCAACAUUUCAUCAUUACAGCAUAAAGAGUCGUUGUUCCAGUAAUCCUUGUAUGAACAAUGCAACUUGUGUGGCUGACUACGAUGAUUACAAGUAUUCAUGCCAAUGUGCUCCAGGAUAUUUUGGAAAGGAUUGCGAAGAUGUGGAUGGCCUUGUCGCGCUCUACCCGUUCAACUCAGCAUACACUACAAAAGACAUGCUGGGUAGUCAGCUUGACGGAAUUGCUUCCAACGUGCAGCUUGCAACUGGACCUAAGGGAAACGCGGGCGGUUCGUAUCGGUUCAUGGGUACAUCUAACAGCUACAUUGAACUCCCAAACAGCGGAGGGUUAGAUACGAUGUACUCUUUGACAGUUGUGAUGUGGAUUUAUCCCGAGGGACCAACGGAUGGACCUAUAUUCAACUAUGGGACUUCGACUUCAAAUCUUUGGAGAGUUCAUUUUUGGAUAGCAACUGGUGGAAACUUUUUUUUCCGUCCGGCUGAUAGACAGGGUAAUAUGUAUUCAUCUGUAACAAGCCCUGCAACCUCAGGUCAGUGGCAUUACGUCGCUGUUUCUUACGACUACAACACUGGAGUGGCUAGACUCUGGAUCGACGGAGUGGAAAAAGGGAAAGAAACUGUUGGAGUGUUUCAAUUGGCUACCGACUUAAAUGUCAGAAUUGGUGUGAAAACUGGUGAUGCCAGAUAUUUUAAGGGGAGAGUCACAGGAAUACAAGUGUAUAACGUAGCACUUAAUCGAGACCAGAUAAUGGCUGUGAAAACGAGAGGGGAAGGCUGAAUUCAUACAAAGUAUCAAUAAAUGAAUGCAGUAGUCUGCUUUGCAACCAACUCACUCGCUGUCAGAGAAUGCGUUUGGUACCACAGCUUUGAGAAACUUAAACCAUAUAGUGUUUUAAGAUUUUUAGGUGAAAAAUGAAAUUUUAAUGGACAAAAAAUAACACAAAGUGUUUCAGCCGCCUCUAUUCCUUUACCACAGCGCAUGCGUGAAUUCUUUGAACCCUGAGAGACAGUUUUGAAACUGUACUGGUCUCCUAGGAAUCAGUUCCAGACUAUCAUGUUACAUUAUUAUCUAUGAACAUAUUCAUUUAAUAAUUUGCCCAAUCCAAACAAUUAAUUGUCAUCAUUAUAACUAGUAUUAGUAUAAAGCAUAGGCCCACUAAGUUACUUUGAAAACGUAUAACUAAAUUAUCUUCUUAUUUCGAUAAAUACAUGGUAAUAUGAAAAAAAAGGAUAACAUGAUAUCAAGGCUUAAAAGGUAAGACUUUAAUGAGGCAAGAACUCGUGCCUAUCAAAACGCCAUUCGGUUCCGGCUAUCAACUGUGCCACGAACUCACGAUCGACCUUCCACCAGUCAUAAUUAUCUCUAAGAAAUUUAAAAAAACUUUUAUUUUUUGCCAAAAAUUGUUUCUAUCCGUUGACGCCAACACAGUAAAACGGCGUCUUCAAACGUCUCUAUAAAGCAUUCGUUUUGAGUGACCGUUUUAACCUGAUAUGUGUGGAUAGAAGACCAAACGACCGUUUUAACCUGAUAUGUGUGAAUAGAAGACUAAACCCGGAGAAAAUCUCAAAUGCUAAGUAAAAUCGGAUGAGUGUGACAAUUUUAUUAUAACUGAUUAGUCGUAACUAUCGAAUCCUUCGGUCGGCAGGAGACCUAAACUUGUGAAAAAAAAAAAUUUGCACCGUCAUAGCUUAUUCAUCACCCUUGCCCAGCUGAUUAUUUUAUAUCUCCUUUAUUCAUGAAAAUUUUUUCUUAACCACAUUGGAUCAUCCGGAAUUAAGAAUGUUUAAAGAUCGGUUUACUGAAAAGAUAAACGCCGAGGUUACUGUAUCAUUAAACGCUUACUGCUCCAUCCUUUGCCAUUCUCUUUCCGUUGUUUUUAUCUCUCAUGUUCUAGUGCUUUUUUUCUGACAGCCAAAGAGUUUAUGGUUUAGAGCUUGUUUUUCGUCAUUUUGCACAUUCUAGAAAACGAUUCAAA